CAUUCUUACACCACUAACGCAAAAGGAAGUCGACACAAGACAGCGCGCGAGACGCAGCAUCAAUCACCAUGAAGGAAGCAGUCGUAUCUGUUGGCCCAAAGGUCACCAUCCGGGACAGCGACAUUCCCAAACCAGAGCCUCGCCAGGUCAUCAUCAAGACCGUCUUUGCAGGAUGCAAUCCAAAAGACUGGAAGAUCGCCGAAUGGAUGCCGCAGAUGCAGAACGUCAACCAGGGCGACGACAUUGCCGGAGUCGUGCAUGAGGUGGGAUCCGAGGUCACGGAGUUCAAAAAGGGCGAUAGAGUGGCUGCAUUCCAUCAGAUGCUCCAGCCUGGUGGAGGCUGGGCGGAGUACAGCGUGGCCUGGGACCAUACCACCUUCUUCCUCCCAGAGAAGACCAGCUUCGAGGAGGGAGCGGCUAUCCCGCUGGCUGCCCUUACCGCUGCGAUUGGCCUCUUCGCCAGCGACAGACUCGCCCUACCAAACGUCUUCACACCUGCAACUGAGCCUAUCCCACUGGUCGUCUACGGAGCCAGCAGCGCUGUCGGGAGUUACGUCCUCCAAUUCGCCGCAAAGGCCAACAUCCACCCACUGAUCUGCAUUUCCGGCCGAGCGCAGGAUCACGUCGAGAAGCUCAUCGAUCGUUCAAAGGGAGACACGAUCAUCGACUAUCGAAAAGGAGACGAGGCCGUGGUGGAAGGCAUAAAAUCGGCACUCAAAGGAAGCAAGCUGAACUACGCUUACGACGCCGUCAGCGAAAAGGGCAGUUUCCAAAACAUCUGCAAGGUGUUGGAGCCGAAUGGCAAGAUCACACUGGUUCUGCCAGGUGCGGAUUAUUCGGACAUUCCUAAGAGUGUACAGCAGAGCCAGACGAAUGUUGGACAAUCUCACGACCAGCAGAAGGAUCUGGCGUAUGUGUACUCCAGGCUGAUCACGCGCGGACUGCAAGAGGGGUGGUUCAAGGCUCAGCCUCAGGAAGUGAUUCCCGGCGGCCUGGGAGGCGUGCAGACUGGGCUGGAGCGGCUCAAGGAUGGUACUGCCAGUGCGGUCAAGUAUAUCUACAAGAUCAGCGAUACCGAGGGCGUCAGUGGUUGA